AUGGCCGCCAUGGCCCCAGACCCGUCGACCGGCCAAGCUCUGCCCCAGCCCAAGGCCAUACGCUUCGUCACCAACCACGACGGGCCUUACGCGAAGAGACGGAGAAUAAACUCGGCCUGUCUGACCUGCCGCCGUCGCAAGACGCGCUGUUCCGGCGAGCGCCCCGCCUGCGAAACCUGCCUCAAGAACAAUCACACGUGCGGGGGCUAUGGGCCCGAUACAGACCAGCCCAAGGAUAGCUCCGCGCCUGGCUCUGUGGGCGAGAGACGGACCAGCGUCGCGACGAAUCCCGCAAGGAGACCAUCUGUGGCGGUGGCCCGCGGGCCGACGCCAGGGCAGCUGCAGCAGACACAACAGCACCAACACCAGCAAGCCGAGAGUGUGGGGAUUGCACAUCCUCGUCUAGCUCACGAUCCGCCGAUCGACUCCCCGAUCAUCGACCCUGCCUUGGAGUCCAGCUUCAAUGGCCCGGCAAGCGCUGGCGGAGACGAGGGAAGCCAGGCCUCAAGCCGCCUGUCGCUAAGCCUGAGCAUUCGAAACCGCAUGCCCUACUUCCGCUAUUUCGGGCCGACGGCGAUCAUGCCGGGGUUCAAGCAGAUGGUGGUCAAGGUCAAAGGCAAGCAACACAGCACCGGAGGAACAUCAACAAAUGAUGCUUCGCUCGGCCGCGUAACCUCCCAACAAUCUGCCACGGAAAACCCCACCCCCAUCGAGCUUCCAAUAUACGACGCCUCGCCAGUCCCCCCGCCGCCGUUGCUCACGCAUUUGUGCAAGACCUUCUUCGCGCACCUCGGUUGCAAUUUUCCCUUCUUGCAGGAAGUCCGAUUUAUGCGUGAUCUAGAGGAGAAGCAAGUCGACGCCAUCCUUGUUGACUCGGUCUGUGCGUUGGCUGCCCGCUUCUCCACUGAUCCAAUGCUGGUUGGCGCACGCCAGUGCGAUGGAGACGCGGAGCAGCCGGAGACGCCCUCGUCCGAAUACGGGCAACAGUUCGCCUUGCGAGCUAAAUCCGCAAUCGUCGACACCUUCGCGUGCCCAAGCGUGGCUGUCGUUCAAGCUGCUUUGCUGCUCGCCUAUGAUGAAUUCGGUGGGAGCCGUGACUCUGGCCUGUGGAUGUAUCUCGGGAUUGCCAUCCGAAUGGCUCAAGAUCUUGGUAUGCAAACCCUGCAAGGACUGAGAUACGAGGGAAGAGGUGGGCCCACACCAGGGAGUAUCAAAUACAUUUCUUCCAGAAAGAAGGAAAACGUACACCACGAUGAGCCCGCGGCGCCAUCGCCAGAAGUGUCUGACCCCCAGGCUGCCGAGGAACAGAGAGCCGUAGAGAGAGAGCGAAUCGACACGUUCUGGGCCGUCUUUUUCCUGGAUCGCGUCGUCUCAUCCGGAACAGGGCGACCUGUUUCCUUGAGAGACAGUGAUAUCGAACUGUCGUUCCCGUCGCUUGAUUCCGCGGACCCGAGUACUGGAUGGCCGGUUCCUUACCCUGCGCUGAUCCGAGUGAUCCAUCUCUAUGGACGUGUCACGGACCUCUUGAACGGAAUCAAGGAGGUAUCGCAUGUCACACCCGACGUGAUCAAACGUUUAGCAUUCAUGGAGAGUCUUUUGACCGACAUUUAUCAGAAUCUCUCGUCACGUUUGCAUUUCAACGUUCUUAAUUUCCAGCAUUACCUGAAAAACGGUCAAGGGACGAAUUUCAUCCUCCUCCACUUCUGGUUCCAUACCCUCAUUGUUCUCCUACAUCAGCCCACUCUUCUCAAAACCUUUGAGGGAGGCAUCCAACAGCUUCUCCCCAACAGCCACGAGCUGUCCUUGUCGUCAGCGAAGACGAUUGCAGAUAUUCUCGCUUUUGCAGAAUUGGCUGACGCCAAAGCCGGCCUUGGCAAUCCAUUUACCAGUCAGCCAAUCUAUAUCGCCGCUUGCGCCUUCCUCAAGGAGACUGCCAUGCAAUCCGCCUCGUCAAAUCCGCAUUCAAGGCAAGGAUCUCCACCGUCAAACAGCUGGGGACGAGAAAAUAGCAGUGAUAGCAGUGUACAGAGAGCGGAUGCGAGGGAUGGAAGGACCCAAACAGUUUCAGCGGAGAAGCAGCAGAAACACACCUUGCUAGCAACGGCCGCUAACCAAAACUACCAACGUUGUUAUAGAGCCCUCGAGUCUCUAGAGACAUACUGGGCUGGCGUCAAAUACAUUUUGACCGUUUUGGACCAAAAGGCCAAGGGUGUUGUGGAUCCACUCCUAUACACCAGGGAAGAGAUGGAAUGUGCAUUGGAAGUUCCGCAGAUAGAGCCUUCGUUCGACACGCCUGGUUGGCGGCGCAAGCUAUCUUGGGGGGCGUAUAUUGGGCCCCAGGAUCAUGCCCAGAAAGAUCAGGGCCCAGUCGCGGCUUUCAAGAGCAGCAGAGGCGCAAACUUUGGGAUUCCAGGGUCUGUCAUUGGAGACCCAGGUCAAGCCAUUGGCUGGUCCCUUACUGGAACCAUGAACUCACCAAGCACGAGCUUAGCUGUUAUGUGGCCUACCGAAACCAGAGACAGCGGUCCCCGCCGCCCGCAAGACGGCAUGGACGCGUCCAUCUCGUCAGUAAUGGCACAGGCUCCAACCUCGCCUCAACAACAACGCAACGUCUCCACGCCGCUACCCCGUUACCCCAACAGCACCCAAAUAUUCGCACAGCCCGGCGCUACCGCCCCGAGCAUGCAGCCUCCGCCUCCGCCCGGCGGCUCCUCCGCCUACCUGUCCGACUCCACCCUAGUCUCCGACGCCGACCUCCUCCUCAACCUCCACUCCCCGUACUCGACCACGUCAUCGCCCGCCGGGGGCCGCCCACCACCUCCAGGAGGAGGAGGUGGUGGUGGUGGUGGAGGCGGCGCCACCGCACCAUCGUCCGCCGUCAACCAGCAAUCUCCAACCGGGCCUUACCCGUCCCAAAUGACCGCCCCGCCGGGCCAACCCCACGUCGGCCCCAUCCCGUUCGCCGACAUGAUGGUCGAAAGCCAGGAUAUCGACAUGAGCGCGCUGGGUGACAACAUGAUGUCGUGGUUGGAAUGGGUGCCUCACGAAUACAUCUCAUUCUUUGACCCUGCGACGGGCACGGCGGCGGCAGCAACGGCGGCAGAUGGUGGCGGUAUGGGGACGGGGACGGCGGCGCCCGGACAACAAACUUCUGGCCCUGGCCAGGCUGAGCAGAGGAGGGAUGAGUGA